AUGGGGGCUGGGGACGGAGGAUGUGGAGGCCGAGAUUUGAAGAAGAACAUCCAGAAAUUGUCAGAAGAAAAGGAACAAAUUGCAUCUGAGCUACAAGAGCUGAGACUAGAGGCAAAAAGGUUAAACAAGGAGCUUGAAGUUGAGAGACUGGAAAAAGAAGCCAUAAGUAUGAAACUUGAAAAAAGCCAAAAUAAGUUUUUAAAGUUAAACAGAGUGUCGCUUGCAGUCACUCGGGAAUAUGCUGAAACCUUGGACGAGCUAGAAAUGGAACAAAGUUUACGAUAUGAGGCGGAAUCCUAUGCAAGCAAGGUUUGCAAAGAGAAAAAGGCCAUUUCCCGGCAGAGUAUGAUACUAAUGCAGAAUGUUCAACCCGAUGAGAUGCUGAUGAAAGCGCUGGAUGAUGUCCGCUCCCUGACCACAGCUCUGGAGGACACAAAGCAGGAACUGCAGAGAAAGGUGAACAGCCUGGAGUUGCAGUUAUCGGAGAGACCAACCAAAGAGGAACUUCUCACCAUCAAGGAAAACCUAAAUGUACUAAACACGGAAAAAAGUCAGGUAGAAGAAGAACUGAAGGUGAUGAAGGAGAAGUGCACAUUACUAGAAGAACGAGUUAAAUCUCUGGAAGAGGAACUGCAGAGAAGGGGAACAUCAACAAACUCAGUGGAUGAUGCAUCUUUGGUGGCACCACCAGUCUCACCACUACCACCACCCCCUCCACCACCUCCAUGCUCUCUUUUCAAGACUCCAGAAGACCCCUUGGCUUUAAUUAAGCAGAGACGAGGAAAACUAGAGUCAGUGGGGUCACCAGUGACAGGCGGCCCUGAUGCCAGAGCGGAUGCAGUGCGAGAAAUGAUGGAGAGAAUUAAGACCGGAGUGAUACUGCGGCCAGCGAUUGACAGAAAGGACCAGGCUGCAAUGACCAGCAAACGUAAGAGCGCCAUCAGUGAGCUCCAAGGAAUAUUAUUGCACACAGUGAGAAAACCAGCACGAAGAGCAAGCCGCCACCGGAUGAGCCGCAAAGCCAAAGAUGGCGAAUUGGAGUCAGUUCUACAGAGGCGUCGGCGAAUAGUAGAUACUCCUCAAAAGACGGAGAGCGCCCCGAAGACAGAAAAAAACUCAGGGAGUUUGGGAAAAAGCAAUUUUCUGCCUCCUUUGGUGACAACAUUGCAGCAUGAGGAUAAGCUCAGUCCUGAGACACAAAUGAAGAAAACUUUCGACCAACAGAAUAGCCAGAAGAAGGAGCCAGAGAUAUGACAAGUAAUAUGGCAGUAGUAUAACCACAGAUCUAAAGACAUAUUUGAUGUGAUCUUUGAAAUGUUGUAAAUUGGAACUGAGAUAAGAGGCUGCAGAAUGCCAGGAUCUGGUGCAUCCAACCAAGAAGACAUAGGCACCAUAACCUGGCCCAGCACCAAGGUAUCUGCUAGGGAAGCGCUGCCAUGAGGGAGAUGCAGGAUAAGACGCCACACAGUGAUGUCCACCCGAAUGACAUGAAAAUACACAAUUUUAAUGACAACUUCUGCUCCUUUCAUGUA